GACGACAUCAUGGAGGAUUUGCCAGUGGGUGGAGGGGUCUUCAUAGUCCACCAGGAAACCGAAGGAAAGCACCAAUAUGAGGUGAAGAGUGUCAUCAAAAAUCGGACGAAACCUCAAGAGAAGUUCUUCCUCAGGACAGGAGACAGGCUGAUGAUGGUGAACAACACUGAGAUCCAGGAUGUUCCUCCAGAGCAGUUGGCAGAGAUCCUGACCCAGGGGAGCCCCAUGCUGACGGUGCAUAAGACGAUCAGAAAGAAGGAGCCUGUGGAGGAGAAACCUUCAGAUGGCGACGUGUUGGUCCCAUGCUCCAAAGAGAAGCGUCUGCUGUGGUUCAACCAGGAGAUGAGGAGGAAGGACGACCAAGAACAAAACGAGGUCUUACCCAAAGGAGAAGGUGAAGAGGAGGUGUGCACAGAGGAGGCUGAGGAGAGCGACCUCCUGGUGGUGUCGAUGAAGAACACCACCAUCUCUGUGAUGACGGGGAGGAGCUGUGACUCCACAGAGCCGUGCCCCGAGUGCAGCCACAAGGAGUGUCUCUACGAUGACGUCGUCAUGGUGGCCGAGUCCAGCUCCAUCACGCGAGUUCCCGGAGGAAGCGGCUCUUUCCGGCAUCAAAAAUGCAACGAGGUCAAAGUGGAGAAUGUGACGAGUCGUCUGUUCCUCAACAGCCUGUGCCACGAGAAGCAGGUCUACAUGUCCCCCCAUCCAGACCUGAUCACCAUCUACUACUACAAGUCUGACCGGUAUGGGCCCAGCUCUGAGGUGAAGCUCCGGGGGAUGCCCGUGGUGCUCAACUUCAGCGGAUCCAACUGCUUCCUCAAAUGCAGCCAAGACGAAGAAAACCGAGUCCAGCUCUGUGUCGAGAUUUGUGAAAAACAGAAGCUGAAGAACAUCUCGAGGAGAGAUCGUCAGGCUCUGGCCUUUGUUUUCUACAUGAAAAGUGAACGCACCGGGGAGACCACGUUUGAGUCGGCGCUUCACACCGGCUGGUUCAUCCAGAACUCUGACGUCAACUCUGUGGAGAUGGCGACGAUGGAGAUAGACGAGAGACAGAAAAGACAAUUCAUCAUUAUUAUAAAAAAAUGAGGAGGGGACGGACUGGAACUUUUUUGGGGGGCCAUGACUGACAG